GGCUCAGAGAAAUUGCCUCCUGAGCACAGAAUACAAACAGAACCAGGAUCACAAACAUUAUCAAUCAGCAAUAAACUUCUGACAUCAGCUUCAAGAAACUGAGGAAACACAGGCGCAGGAGAGAGCCAGACACAAAGUUAAAGACUGAGCUCUGCAUAAAGUCACUGGCAACAAGACAGUCACUUAUCCAUCUCUUAUUUUGCCUGAAGAGAACGAGACAAGCAGAACGGCAGAUCACAGAGAGCACGGGACACGAGAGUGAAAUCAGGGGAGCAUCCAAGAGUAACCAAGGCAAAGAAGAAGCUAAGGGUUGUGUAACCCAGCCAUUCACAGUCUGCUUCACAAUGUGGUUCCUGGCGGUAAUGUGGAUCUCCUGCCUUCUUGUAGGCACUCAGGCUCAGAGCACUGCCAGCUUCUCGAGAGGGAAUGACCGCAACAGGCGCUGUCAGUACACCUUCACAGUGGACAGCCCUACAGAGGCCAGCUGCCCCUCGACAGCAUCCAGUGCUGAGAUGGAAGCCCUGAAGUCUCGACUUGGGCUGGUGGAGGCACUAAUAGCCCGCCUAGCUGGAGGUGAAGCAUCAGGUACUGAAGCUCAGAUGGGACUUCGGACAGCCUACACCCAGGUAAUUGGAGAGAGGGACAGGUUGCAGCAGGAGAAAGCUAGGCUAUCUCAGCAGGUGGAGCAGCUCCAGCAGACGGUGGAGCAGCUCCAGCGUGAGGCGGAGAGGCUGAGGAGCAGACCAUGCACACAACAGCCUUCCCAAAGUGUGCCACUGUAUGAUAGCAGCCUCCAACCAGGAACAGGCACAUCCCAUUCUCAUCUGGUUUCCAGGCCAGGCAGGACACAAGGAGAAACAAGCAGUCUGAGAGAAUCCUCUUGGUCCUAUGGUAGUCCGGCAUACCAGGAGUUUAAGGCUGAAGUUGCUGAAUUUCCUGCCCCAAGACCAGAGGACAAUGUAGACAGUAGAGGCUGUGGUGAACUGCUGUGGGUGGGACAGCCAGUGACCCACCGUAAGGCAGACGGCAUCGCUGGUAGGUAUGGCGUGUGGAUGCAGGACCCAGAAGCUGUGAGCCCUUAUGGCUCCAACAUGGUGUGGCGAAUUGACACAGUCGGCACAGAGGUGCGCCAACUCUAUGGCUAUGAGGACAUGGAUCAGUUUUCCCGUGGCUUUCCUACCAAAGUGCUGCUCUUGCCUGAGGCGGUGGAGAGCACAGGUGCUGCUAUGUACAGGGGCUCACUCUACUACCAGCGGCGCCGUAGCCGUACGCUCAUUCGUUACGAGUUAGUGUCGGAGAGUGUCGCGGCCCGUCGAGAACUCCCCCAUGCCGGCUUCCACGGCCAGUUCCCCUACUCAUGGGGUGGCUACACAGACAUUGACUUUGCUGUGGAUGAGAAAGGCCUCUGGGUCAUCUACAGCACCAACAAGGCUAAAGGUGCCAUUGUGGUCUCCCAGCUGGAUCCUCACAGCCUGGAGGUGAAGAAGAGCUGGGAGACCAACAUUCGCAAAACCACAGUAGCCAAUGCCUUCAUGAUCUGUGGCAGGCUGUACACAGUGGGCAGCUAUGCCUCACCCAACACCACAGUCAACUACAGCUUUGACACAACCACCAGCCAAAGCAAGGCCAUCGCAGUCCCGUUUCAAAAUCGGCACCUUUAUAACAGCAUGAUUGACUACAACCCAGCUCAGAAGAAGCUUUUUGCCUGGGAUAACUACUAUAUGGUGUCUUAUGACAUACGGCUGGGGAAGCAACAGUGAAGGGGUUAUGUUUGGAUGGUAGCCUCUAGAGGUGUUAAAGAGGGUAGCAGAUUGUAGACUGCAAAAAAAAAAAAGAAAAAAAAAAAAACAAGGUUAUGCUGGCUUUGCCGCUAUUCAUAUACUGCAAAUGCAGAGGCUGUAGUGGUCAUCAAACAUUUCAUAAAUCUUUACACAAGCUGAUACUGUAAAUGAGUCUGACUGGUUUAAGACUGCUAUAUAUUACAGAAAAAUCACAAGCACAUAUCAAUCCUUUACCAGUGAAAUCAGGCUCCCAAAAUCGGAUACGUUUGUAAUCUGGUUUCAUUUAUUAUUGAGCCUAGUGCUAAACCACACUAGCAGAAAUACAGGCAAGCCAGCCAUAUCAUCAUAUGAUGCAGCUCUAGGUCUGGCUUGUUAACGUCAUUUCUGGUUGUAACUCGUUAUUUAAACGUACAUGCCUUUGAGAAGGAUAUUCCAUGAGUAAGAAAGAAUUUACCUUUUUCGUUCUUUAAAAAAAAUUCUAACUACCAAACUGCAUUAUUUUAAAUAUGAUAGUAUUGUGUUCUACCUUGCAGUGGCAUGGUCCAUUGCUGUGUUAAUAGAGAAAUUAUUUUUCUACAUUUUGUCACUGAUAUUUUGUUUGUUUGUAUACAGCACUGUAAGAAAGUUUGAGGGAGAGAAAUUCACAUCCAACAUAUGCCAAAAUUAAUGUUUCUACAUAAACAUAACAAAACUAAGUGAAACUCUGCCUGACAGAAAAUGUUAACUCCCUCACCUUGCUUUAGCUAGUCAGAAUCAGUAUUUUUUAAUCACUCAAUACAGCAUGGUACUGAUUUUAUGGCUAUUCAUGAAUCUAACUUAUGUACAAACUCAAAGUCUGAAUAAAGGUUACUGUAUAAUGAAUAUGGCUGACCAUUUUUUAAUUCAAAUCUUUAACACUUAACUACACAAAGCGGUAUGCAUGCUGGCUCCCCAUUACCGUAUUUUUCUCGUAAAAGGUUUAAAUAAAAGGAGGAAGAGGGAAAAAUAAACACAUCAGGUCAGACUUUUCAUUUUUGACAGCAUAUUAUUUUAUUAGUUUCUGUAACCAAACCAAUGUAAAUAAGACCUUACAUAUUUUAAUACAGCGAUUUAACCCCUGUACAAGUAAAACAAACAAAAAAAAUCAUUCCCCUCUCCACUCCUUCCUCUCCCACUUGUCAUUUUGGAGCCACACUUAAACACUUGUAUAUCUGUAGCCUCCCAUUUGCAUUAACAACCUGAAAGAAACAGACUGGAGAGGGUCAAGGCCCAGGAGAUUGAGGCCUUUGGACGUUACAACAGAAAAUAAGAAAAAUAACUUUUUGCGUCUGAACUACAGUUCUAUCAGUUUUUGUCUUUCUGCCCUUUUACACUCCUCUAGAGGCUGACUCACAUUUUGAAAUGUUCUCUUUAUUUUAUUUUGCAGCUAUAUAUAUAUUAUUAAAAUCAAACACUGGUGUGAAACCCAAGCUCAGUUUUCCGUGACCCCUUUCUGCUAUGACGGGUGGUCAGAAACGACAGGGUCCCAACCUCUAAUAUCAACCUCUAUUGUCAGCAGCAUGGCAUGACUGUGAG